AUGGGAUACCUUUCCCGUUAUCAGGAGCUCGCCGUGAUCAUUGAGAGGCGUUUUCCUGGUGCGGAGGUGACGGGGUCUGUGGGACGAGCAGGUGCCUUUGAAAUCCAAAUCAACGGCCGGCUCGUCUUCUCCAAGUUUGAAACUGGUGGAUUCCCCCGUGAGAAAGACGUUCUGAGUCAAGUCAAGAACACCCACGAUGGGAAGCCUUUGAUGAAGAUUCAGGAAUGUGAAGACAAUUGUACCGUUGUAUAAUCCUCCACCUGUCCUCCAUCAUCAUGGAGGAUGAGUUCCUCAGCUCCACCUCUGGUUUCAUCACGUUGAGCUGAUUUCUGUGCAGGUUCUGUUGACGCCCGGCUCCUCUCUCUGCUCCCCUCAGCUCCUCCAGGCUGCUGAUGAUUACUGUAGCUGAAGACCUGUUGAAGGUUACGGUUUGAUGGAUCCAUUCCUGGAGUUUUGGCUCGAUGAGGAACAGAGGCGAGGAGAGUUUGUUGCAGGUUCUGAUCUAACGUUUUUCCACCUGUUCUCUGUUUGCAUUCAGCAUCCUGUUCUCUUUUAUCAGUCGGGCUCUUUUCUUUUCUGCUCAGCUUGAUUAUUUUUACGCUCAAAGCUGCAGGUUUAUUCAGUUUUUCUCACUGGGUGUUGCUUCCUGAGAUUAAAUCUCCACGACACAGACCGGCAACAUGAUCCUGCAAAACAAGUAUAAGAGUUUCUAUGUAUUUGAUCACUGAUGUGGGGAAAACGUCGUUUUUGCUGAACAGGAAGCGUUCAGGUUGUUAAAUUAAUUUCCUCUGCAAGGCUUUCAACACAAUCUGUAAUUUAACAAAGACGAACCUAAUGUCUCUUUAUAAAUAAAAUGCGCUGAUUCCUUUCUGAUUUUAUUUUGAAAUGAAUAAAUGAAGUCUGAGUUGUUUUUGCUUUUCUGUAACACUAAUUAAAGUUGUGACAAAACA